CCCAAACGGCCGAAGAUCGGCAGAGAUGAGGUCGAACUCGAGGAGAUCGAGGAGUUCGAUGUGACAGAAGAUAAAUCUAUGCCGUCCAUCAUGGUGAACGUCCCCAGCCAACGUCACCAAGUGGUGCCCCUACACCGCACCACCGAACAGGCACCUGGUAAACCCGACUUAGAAAAAGCGAAAUUAACCGUCGACACGAUAACCCCGUUGACGGAGCACCUGGUACCCGUUCAAGAAAAAGAGAUCAGCGACAUCAGCCAAAUCAAACCCAUCGAACGCAAAGCAUCCCUGUCCAUAUCGCCAGUGGAGCCUUAUUCCACCACGGAGACAACGGUCCAAGCAUCCACCGGCGAGUUUGCGGACACCUUCAAACCCACAUCCUACGAGGCAACGCCAGGAAUUAUACCAUCCGAAGGUGUUCAAGUCAGCGAGACCUUGGUCAGCGACACCCACGUGUCGCUGUCCGUGAGCAAGCAGGAGAUUAGCAGGACGGCGGAAGUUAGCAUGACUGUUCAGGAGGCUACCACCGUGUAUGAGACUAUGGUGAGCCAGACGGAAGUUCCGACCGAGGACUUCGUGUCGCCACAGACUGUCAAGGCUGAAGACAGCAUACUACCUCAGGUAGGGUUGUCUGUGUAUGAAGUGCAUGAAGGUUUGAUGGAAGACAAGUUAGAACCCAUGAAGACUGUACCGACUAAGCCUAGAGUCAACGUGACAGCCGUUGAACCGCUGGUUGUCGAAGAGGUGCGUGCAGAGGAUAAACCAGGGAAGUAUUAUCCCGAGUUGAUUGUUCCAACAGAGACUGCCACGCAGACCGUCAUCUCUCAACGACAGAGAGUUACCGAAGAGAUGCACGCACCUGAGAAAGAAGGCGAGUACGUGCCUGGAAGACUGCCUCCCAGUCAGACGGCGCAGGUUGGAAUAUCAUACGGAAAUGAGACGGCUGUGGUUCAGCAGAACGUUGUGCAGGAAAGCGAAGGAGUGUUCGUUUCUGAGAAGAAGACGGAGACCUUCGAAGCUGUCACCAACGUCACCCUGCUCGAAGGAGUGUCCGUGUCCACGGUUCAAACUCAGGACACCGAAUCCAGCUUGACCAUCGAGGAGACCAAAAAAGCCGUGGCCGAUUUAAACAUCAUCGAAAUGACCCCUGCCGUGACUGUCGAGACCAUAACAUCUGAAAAGGAGAAGGAGUAUCAGCCGGGUGACAAGCCAGCGACCAAAACGGCGGAGACGACGAUAUCUUCGUUGGAAAUUGGAUCCAUACAGAGCACCGUGGUCCAAGAAUCGGAAGGGGUUUAUCAACCUGAUCAGAAACCAACGAAGGCUCUGGCGGAGACAUCUAUCAGACCUGAGGAACACGUGAUGGUCUCAGAAAUACAGACAGCGGAUUAUCCGUCGGACUUCAGAGAGGAGUUGAAGUAUGUCCAAGAAAGCGGAACGGUGUCCGUACAGUUGACGGAAGCUAAAAUGAUCCAGGAGACCUUGACGCACGACCGGGAGGCGAAGAUGGAGGAAAUGGUGAAACCCGAAGAACGUCUGGUGGACACUACUUACGAUGUGAACAGAAGCGUCGAGGUGUUCCAGACAACCUCCGUAGAGAAGGAAGCAGAUCUACGCAUCUUCGAGAUGCCGGAGUCCCAUCGUGGUAAAACUGUACCCACACACCCUGUUGUGUCGCUGGAGGUGGAGAUGACCCAGCCAGAGGACAAUUUGGGCGAAGUGAAGAAGGAGGUGCCUUCGUCCGGUGUGGCGAAGAUAGAACCCAUUAGCUUGCAGGAGACCGUCGUUGGAGAGACGGUAGUCGCCGAGAAUUUGGCACCUGUUGAAAAAGACAAAGCUCCUGAUACCAGAGUUGCUGAUGUCACCAUGAAUGAAAUUGAAAGCUUGCACACAACUAUGGUGAUCGCCAGCGAGAAGGAGGCGGAGUACACUCAGGUCACCGACGUGAAAGGAGCGUACGCUAGCACGGAGUUCACCACACAGGUAGCCCCGAUGCUAGAGGAAGUCAGAUCACACUCACCCACCGAAGAGUACGUACCUGAUCAGAAGCCAGCCUCCGGAGUGGCGCAACCAUCACACGUUCCUUUGGAAAGCAUCACUGUGGCCAUGCAGGAGCUAGCUGAAAAGGAAGACUUGUAUAAAACUGACGUGCGACCAGAUCAAAAGACAGCCAGCAUGGCGCUGACUGAAUUAACAUCAAUUAGUAUUCCUGAAGUGAUGCAAGUGGUCACUGCGACCAGCACGGAGACCCUGAAGAAGGAAACCUUGAAGGAAGAGAAGGGCAGAGUGGAGGUAGAGGAACUGUCAUCGACUAUCAUUUCAGAAGUGAUUUCCAACGAAACGGAAGAUGUCUUCAUCACCAAGGCUGCACCUAAAGAUCAGAAAGCGGACUUCAACGUCUCUGGCAGAGAAGCUGCGGAAACUUCUCAAGUUACAACUAUGACAGAAACAGAAGACCUCACUGUGAAACGCCCUGAAGAACACAAGGGCAAACCACAGGUGGACGAGUUGACGCCACUCAUGGUUUCAACUGUGGUUUCUGGAGAAGCUGAGAAGGAGUUACCGGAAGCUGAAGUUCCGAAAGAGAAGACGGCUCAACCGAGCAUGCUGGGAAGAGACGUGGCUGAGACGAUGCAGGUACUGACUGUGACCAGUGCGGCCGAGCUUGCAGCACCGAAAGCCCCUGAAGAACAGAAAGGAAAGCCACAAGUUGAAGAACUGGCACCAUUAACUGUGUCGCAGGUUGUUUCUCAAGAAGCUGAAGGAGUAUUACCAGCACCUGAAGCUCCAACCGAGAGGAAAGCUCAGCCAGAUAUGACGGGAAGAGACAUAGCUGAGAUGAUGGAGGUGGUGGCAAUGGCCAGCUUAGACACCUUGGCCGAGGACAAGAAACCCGCUGAACAGAAAGGUGUACCAGGUCUGGAAGAGUUUGUACCGUUAUCUGUGUCGCAGACAGUGUCCACCGAGAAGGAAGAAGUGUUACCCAGCCCUGAAGCACCUACCACGAAGACAGCACAGCCGAGUCUUACUGGUCGCGACAUAGCAGAGACCAUGCAGGUUGUGACGCUGUCGACUGAAGAGGAGUUCACGAAAGCUCCAGCACCUGAGACACACAAAGGAAGACCGAACGUUGAGGAAUUGACACCACUCACAGUUUCUCAAACCGUGUCUCACGAAGCAGAAGACAUUCUUGAGAAACCUGCAGCGCCGACCGAGGCAUCAGCCCAUCCGGCAUUUUCGGGAAGAGAAGUCGCUCAAACCAGUGAGCUGCUGCUCGUGACGAACGUGGGCGAGUUGGAGAAACAAGUUCUACCUGAUGAACAGAAAGGACAGCCACAAUUGGACGAAUUGACGCCGCUUAUAGUAUCACAGACAGUGUCAGGAGAAGUUGAGGAAGGCUUACCAGAGGCUGAAGUGCCUAAGGAGAAGACGGCUCAGCCGAGUAUGUUAGGAAGAGAGAUAGCAGAGACCUCGCAAGUUCUGACAGUGACCAGUGCUGAAGAACUUGCUGCGCCAAAAGCGCCAGAAGGUCAGAAAGGCAAGCCACAGGUGGAAGAGCUAGCACCGUUGACUGUCUCCCAAGUUGUUUCUCAAGAAGCGGAAGGGGUGUUACCUGCACCUGAAGCACCCACUGAAAGGAAGGCCCAACCUGACAUGACAGGAAGAGACAUUGCUCAAACGAUGGAGAUAUUGACAAUGACGAGCGUUGAUAAACUCACCGAAGACAUAAAACCUGAUGAACAAAAGGGACUUCCAGGAUUGGAGGAGUUCGUUCCUCUGUCUGUGACACAAACCAUAUCCACCGAAAUGGAGGACGUGUUACCUAGCCCUGAAGCACCGUCGACCAAGAUGGCUCAGCCAAGUCUGACCGGUCGCGACAUAGCGGAAACCAUGCAGGUGGUGAUGAUGACCAGCGAGCAAGAGCUGGUGACAGCUGUUGCGCCCGAACAACACAAAGGAAUACCGAACGUCGAAGAACUGACACCACUCACGGUUUCACAAACCGUGUCCCACGAAGCAGAAGACAUUCUCGAGAAACCUGCAGCGCCGAGCGAGGUGUCUGCACAUCCAGCAUUCUCAGGAAGAGAGGUUGCUCAAACCAGUGAGUUACUGCUCGUAACGAACGUGGGCGAGUUAGAGAAACAGGUCCUACCUGAUGAACAGAAAGGACAGCCACAAUUGGAUGAGCUAACACCGCUCAUAAUAUCGCAGACAGUAUCAGGUGAAGUUGAGGAAGGACUACCAGAGGCUGAGGUUCCUAAAGAGAAGACGGCUCAACCGAGCAUGCUGGGAAGAGACAUCGCAGAGACCACACAGGUGCUAACCAUGACCAGUGCCGAAGAGCUUGCAGCACCCAGAGCACCUGAAGAACAGAAAGGAAAGCCACAAGUUGAAGAACUGGCACCGUUGACUGUGUCGCAGGUUGUUUCUCAAGAAGCGGAAGGAGUAUUACCAGCACCUGAAGCUCCUACAGAAAGGAAGGCUCAACCUGAUCUAACAGGAAGAGACAUAGCUGAAAUGAUGGAGGUUGUGGCGAUGGCCAGCUUAGACACCUUGGCCGAGGACAAGAAACCUGCAGAACAGAAAGGGGUUCCAGGCCUAGAGGAGUUUGUACCGCUGUCCGUGUCACAGACAGUGUCGACCGAGAAGGAAGAAGUGUUACCCAGCCCUGAAGCACCCACCACGAAGACGGCACAGCCGAGUCUCACUGGUCGCGACAUAGCUGAGACCUUGCAGGUUGUGACGUUGACGACUGAAGAGGAGUUCACGAAAGCUCCCGCGCCAGAAACACACAAGGGUAAACCCAACGUUGAAGAGCUGACAUCGCUCACAGUUUCUCAGACAAUAUCGCAAGAAACUGAAGAAGUCCUAGAAAAGCCUGCAGCACCCAGUGAAGCAACUGCCAAGCCUGCGUUCACUGGAAGAGAAGUCGCCCAAACCAGUGAGACGCUGAUUGUGACCAACGUUGGAGAGUUAGAGAAGCAUGUACUGCCUGAGGAACAGAAAGGCAAGCCACGAGUGGAUGAACUGACUCCUCUCACGGUAUCACAGAUAGUGUCAGGAGAAGCUGAAGAACGCUUACCGGAGGCUGAAGUGCCGAAGGAAAAGACAGCUCAGCCGAGCAUGCUGGGAAGAGACAUCGCAGAGACAAGUCAAGUGUUGACGAUGACUAGCACCGAAGAGCUGGCAGCGCCUAAGGCUCCAGAAGGACAGAAAGGAAAACCACAGUUCGAAGAACUGGCACCACUCACAGUUUCCCAAGUUAUUUCACAAGAGGCAGAAGGAACAUUACCGAAACCAGAAGCACCGACCGAGAGGACGGCUCAACCUGAGCUGACAGGCAUGGAUGUGGCUCAGACCACAGUGGUGAUAAGCAUGGCGGACGCAGAUAUGAGAAUCGAAGACAAGAAACCUGAAGCACAGAAGGGUGUUCCUGGUUUGGAGGAAUUUGUUCCUCUAUCCGUGACGCAAACUGUGUCCUCCGAAAUGGAGGACGUGUUACCUAGCCCUGAAGUACCCAGCACGAAGAUGGCACAACCUAGUUUGACUGGUCGCGACAUUGCAGAAACCAUGCAGGUUGUGACGAUGACGAGUGAGGAGGAGUUCACAAAGGCUCCCGUACCCGAAGCACACAAAGGAAGGCCCAAUGUAGAAGAACUGACAUCCCUUACAGUUUCCCAAACUGUGACACAGGAAAUGGAGGAGAUUCUAGAAAAACCUGCAGCUCCCAGCGAAGCAACCGCUAAACCAGCGCUUUCGGGAAGAGAAAUAGCGCAAACCAGUGAAAUUCUGGCUGUGUCAAAUGUUGGGGAACUGGAGAAACACGUUUUGCCUGAACAACAGAAAGGAAAGCCGCAGUUGGAAGAACUGACUCCACUUACGGUCUCACAAAUAGUGUCGGGAGAAGCUGAAGAAGGUCUACCAACAGCUGAAGUUCCGAAGGAAAAGACUGCACAACCGAGCAUGCUGGGAAGAGACAUAGCCGAGACCACACAGGUGUUAACUAUGACCAGUGCCGAAGAGCUUGCAGCACCCAAAGCCCCUGAAGAACAGAAAGGAAAGCCACAAGUCGAAGAACUGGCACCAUUAACUGUGUCGCAGGUUGUCUCGCAAGAAGCAGAAGGAGUAUUACCAACACCCGAAGCUCCUACUGAAAGGAAGGCCCAACCCGAUCUGACGGGAAGAGACGUGGCUGAAAUGAUGGAGGUUUUGACCAUGGCCAGCGUAGACACCUUGGCCGAAGACAAGAAACCGGAUCAACAGAAGGGUGUUCCUGGACUGGAGGAAUUUGUACCUCUAUCCGUGUCACAAACGGUCUCCACAGAAAAGGAAGACGUUCUACCCAGCCCUGAGGUGCCUACAACCAAGGUAGCGCAACCGAGCCUCACAGGUCGUGAUGUGGCGGAGACCACUCAAGUUUUAGCCAUGGUCAGUGAAGAACAACUAACAACCCUAGCUCCAGAACAACAGAAGGGAAAACCAAACGUAGAAGAACUAAUGUCCCUCACGGUUUCCCAAAUGGUGUCGCACGAAGCUGAAGACGUUCUGGAGAAGCCUGUGGCUCCAACCGAAGCAACAGCUAAGCCCGCCUUCUUGGGAAGAGAAGUGGCCGAGACCAGUCAAGUUCUUACUGUCACAAGCGUUGGAGAGCUUCAGAAAGACAUGUUACCCGAAGAACAGAAAGGCAAGCCACAUCUGGACGAACUGACACCGUUAACUGUCUCUCAGAUAGUGUCGGGAGAGGUUGAAGAGCGUCUGCCAGAGGCAGAAGUCCCGAAGGAGAAGACAGCCGAGUCGAGCAUGCUCGGAAGAGACAUUGCCGAGACCACCCAGGUGCUAACCAUGGCCAGCGCUGAGGAACUUGUGGCACCUAAAGCCCCUGAAGAACAGAAGGGCAAACCGCAGGUAGAGGAACUGGCACCGCUAACAGUUUCACAAGUGGUGUCCCAAGAAGCGGAAGGAACACUGCCAAUGCCAGAAGCGCCGACAGAACGAAAGGCUCAACCCGAUCUGACAGGUAGAGACGUGGCUCAAACGAUGGAGGUGUUGACGAUGGCCAGUUUGGAUACUCUAGUCGAGGAGAAGAAACCUGCUGAACAAACGGGUGCUCCAGGAUUGGAGGAGUUCAUACCGCUGUCCGUUUCCCAGAUGGUGUCCACGGAGAAAGAGGACGUUCUACCUAGUCCUGAAGUGCCAACCGAGAAGAUGGCUCAACCGAGCCUGACUGGCCGCGACGUGGCGGAGACCACGCAGAUUUUGACCAUGAUCAGCGCCGUGGAACUGACAGCGGAACAUGCACCGGACCGACAGAAAGGUGUACCUAACGUCGAAGAACUGACUUCUCUGACCGUUUCCCAAACCGUGUCACACGAAACUGAGGAGAUACUGGAGAAACCUGCAGCACCAAGCACGGUGACUGCCAAGCCUGCGCUGUCAGGAAGGGAAGUAGCCGAAACCAGUCAAGUUCUGACGGUAUCCACAGUGCAGGAGUUCGAGAAAUCAGUACUGCCAGAAGAACAGAAAGGAAAACCUCGUCUGGACGAGCUGACAUCCAUAACAGUCUCCCAGGUUGUGUCCAGUGAACUCGAAGAGACGCUGCCAUCUCCUGAGAAGCCCAGCGAGAAGAUCGCCCAGCCACAAAUGAUCGGCAGAGAAGUAGCCGAGAAGACGGAGGUCCUGACAGUCGCGAAUGUCGAAGAACUGAAGAAGCUUGAGAAACCGGAGGGUCAAACAGGAAAACCGGACGUGGAGGAGAUGACCUUCAUCACAGUCUCCGAAGUCAUUUCCACGGAAAAAGAAACGGAAUUACCAAGUGCGGAGGUUCCCAAAGAACGCACGGCAGUUUCUCAAUUGUCUAGCAUCGAAGUAGCAGAGACAACGGAAGUGUUGACGAUGAUCAGCGCUCAAGAGCUUCUAAAAUCCAAAGCGCCUGAGGAACAGAAGGUGCAGCCGAAGUUGGACGAACUGACUCCACUCACGGUUUCUCACGUGGUAUCCGGAGAGGUCGAAGAAGCGAUGCCCACCGCAGAAAUUCCGAAAGAGAAGACAGCGCAACCCAGUCUGAUCGGAAGAGACGUCGCUGAGACCCUGCAGGUGCUGACCAUAGCCAGAGCCGAAGACCUGGUGUCACCUAAGGCUCCAGAAGAACAGAAGGGCAGACCACAAAUUGAAGAGCUGGCGCCGUUGACGGUGUCACAGGUGGUCUCCCAGGAAACGGAAGAGACACUGCCGUCGGCUGAGAUACCUGUCGAGAGAGAGGCUCAGCCGAGUAUGAUAGGCAGGGACGUGGCUCAGACGACGGUCGUACUGAGUAUGGCGCACGUGGACGAAAUGGCGGAAGCCAAGAAACCCGAAGAGCAGAAGGGAGUGCCGGGUCUGGAGGAAUUCGUAUCUCUCUCCAUCUCACAAACGGUAUCUACUGAGAAAGAAGACGUGUUGCCAUCUCCUGAAGUGCCUACAGAGAAACUGGCUCAGCCUAGUUUAACCGGUCGCGAUGUGGCAGAAACCAUGCAAGUGCUCACCAUGAUAAGCGCCAAGGAGCUGACAACGGACCAAGCACCCGAGAAACAGAAAGGAAUACCCAAUGUCGAAGAAUUGACUUCCCUCACCGUCUCGCAAGCAGUGUACCACGAAACUGAAGAGACCUUCGAGAAACCUGUAGCACCCAGCACGGUGACUGCCAAAGCUGCCCUAACAGGAAGAGAAGUAGCAGAAACCAGUCAGGUGCUCACCGUAUCGAACGUAGAAGAGUUAGAAAAAUCAGUAUUACCCGAAGAACAGAAAGGCAAACCGCGUUUGGAUGAACUGACGUCGUUAACAGUCUCACAGGUCGUGUCCAACGAACUGGAGGACACUUUGCCAUCACCUGAGAAGCCUAGCGAGAAGGUCGCUCAGCCGCAGAUGAUCGGCAGGGAAGUCGCUGAGAAGACAGAAGUUCUGACAGUCACGAACGUCGAAGAAAUGCAAAAGCUGGAAAAACCGGAAGGUCAGAAAGGUGUACCAGAUGUGGAGGAGAUGAGUUUCAUUACUGUUUCUGAAGUAGUCUCCACGGAAGCGGAGAAGGAGCUGCCUGCGCCUGAGGCUCCCAAGGAACGCAAAGCUCUUGCACAGUUCACUGGCUUAGAGGUGUCUGAGACAUCGAUGGUGCUGACGAUGACCAGCACGGAGGAGCUUGCGAAGCCGAAAGCACCCGAAGAGCAGAAAGGAAAGCCUCAAUUGGAGGAGCUGUUGUCGCUGUCGGUGUCAGAGGUAGCUCUAGGCGAGGCCGAGAAGGGACUACCAACUCCUGACAAACCUACUGAAGAGACCGCCAAACCUAGCCUCCUGGGUAUCCAGGUCGCCGAGAAGUCUCAAGUGAUACUCUCCUCGAUCACCGGAGAGCUACAAGAAACCGUCAAACCGGACACCAAACAGAUAAUACCCGAACAGAUUCCGUUCGAGAGCAUAGAACUGUCGCAGACGAUGACCCAAGAGAAAGAGAGUACGUUCGUUGUCGAGAAGAAGACAACGUCCGCGACGGCCGAAGUUUCAUUCCGCGUUUCCGAGAGUCUCGAGGUGACUCAAGUCACGGCCACCGAGAAAGAGUCGAAAGAGGUGAUAAAGGGAGUCGCUAAAGAAGCUUCCGCCCAACCGGACGUGAUCGAACGUAAGGUCGCGUUGAAAACGGAGGUCCAACCCGAGGACGUGGCUUCGGAGUUCAAAGUGAAGAAGCCAGAAGGCAAGACUGCCAAGGGUGUGGACGAGAUCCAACAAGGUGUGAUCGUAACCGAACACCUGAGUGCGGGUGAGCUUGAGUCAGAACUGCCCGAGUCUGUAAUUCCUUUCGCUAAGUUAGCGAGCGUUUCUAUCGAGGCUGACCACCUGGAACACGUUGUGGAAACCACAGAAGCACCAGCGCAACAACAUCACAUCACAAUCACACAACACACAACAAAACACGAUUUGCCACAGCAACAAUCGAUUGAGUCUGAUACAGAGACAAUUGAGGAGUACACAACGAAAUUCAGGCGCGGUAGCACCGAGGACGAGACCGCGGCUGUUAAAACAAAGAAAACGAUUGUAAGAAAGAAAAAGCCGAAAACAACGGCUGAAGAAGACAUUGUCGUCGUCAUCGAAGAAGAACUUGAGGAUGUUAAACCGAAAAUACCGUCGAUACCGAAGAAACAGUUUAUGCCGAUUGAAGAAGUCACCACGGUGACGGACGUCGAAGAGAUAGUUCCGACGAGAAUCGACGAAGUUGAAGAGACCACUCAGAAAGAAGAAGAAAAGGUAGAAGUGAAAGUGACAGAGGUUCAGGAAGACAAGAGGAAAGUAACGAAGAAACGAAUCGUGAGAAAGAAAGGAAAGACCCGUCAAGUGACGGAAGAGAUCACGGUAGAGGAAGAAGGAAAGGCACCGGUAACCACGGUUGUCACGAAACCUGUCGAACACAUCGAACAGGUGGAAGAAGAAGAAGUGCCAGAAGAAGAAACAGAACCGAUGACACCACUGAAAUAUGUGACACCUACUGUGCAACAGGUAGAGGAACAAGUGACCGUAACAGAAGAAGUAACUGAAGAAGGUAAACCAAAGAAGACAACCAGAAAGAAGAAAAUUACGCGCAAAGGAAAAGAACAACAAGUUACGGAGGUGGUCACUGUUGAGGAGCAAGGAAAGGCUCCGGUCACCAGUGUCACUGAAGGACCAGUUGAAGAAGUGGUUGAAGAGAUAGUGAAGAAACUACCUGCACCACAGUACGCCAAGCCUUCAGAAGUUGAGGAAGUUAGGGAACAGGUGACCAUAACGCAAGAGGUUACACAACUGGGUAAACCGAAGAAGACCACUAGAAGGAAGAUCAUUAAACGCAAAGGUCAAGAGCAACAGGUAACAGAGGUUGUCACCGUUGAAGAGCAGGGUAAGGCACCUGUUACCACAGUGACCGAAGGACCGAUAGAAGAAGUGGUGGAAGAGACAAUCAAACCACUGCCAGCUCCAGAACGAGUGAAACCAACCGAAGUUGAAGAAGUGCGCGAACAGGUGACAGUCACUGAAGAAGUCACGAAACUAGGUAAGCCAAAGACGACUACCAAGAAGAAGAUUAUUAAGCGCAGAGGAAAAGAACAGCGUGUGACGGAAAUAGUCACUGUUGAAGAACAAGGAAAGGCGCCAGUUACAACGGUCACUGAGGGACCGGUAGAGGAAGUGGUUGAAGAAACAAUCACACCUUUGCCUGCACCGGAGUAUGCUAAACCUUCUGAGCAAGAGGAGGUUCGUGAACAAGUAACGGUGACUCAAGAAGUGACUAAAUUGGGAAAACCAAAGAAAACGACUAGGAAGAAGAUUAUUACACGGAAAGGAAAAGAGCAGAAGGUUAAAGAAAUCGUCACUGUUGAGGAAGAAGGAAAAGCGCCGAAAACAACUGUGACUGAGGGACCUGUGGAAGAGGUGGUAGAGGAAGAAAUCAAGACACUUCCUGUACCGGAGUUUGUGAAACCUAGUGAAGUUGAAGAGGUGCGUGAACAGGUGACGGUUACAGAGGAGGUAACUAAAGAGGGUAAGCCAAAGAAGGUGACUAAAAAGAAGAUCAUAAAGAAGAGAGGCAAAGAACAACAGGAAACUGAAGUUGUGACGGUUGAAGAACAAGGAAAGGUACCUGUUACUACUGUGACUGAAGGACCUGUUGAAGAAGUUGUUGAUGAAAUCAUAAAGACAUUGCCUGCACCGAAACACGCUAAACCUUCAGAAGUAGAGGAAGUACGUGAACAGGUAACGGUGACACAAGAAGUGACGAGAUUAGGCAAACCGAAGAAAACCAUUAAGAGAAAGAUUAUCACACGUAAAGGUAAAGAACAAAAAGUUAAGGAGAUUGUCACGGUUGAAGAGGAAGGUAAAGCUCCGGAAACAACUGUCACUGAGGGACCGGUAGAAGAAGUUGUGGAAGAAGAAAUAAAAGAACUACCGAUACCAGAGUUUGUUAAACCAACUGAAGUUGAAGAGGUGCGUGAACAGGUGACUGUCACGGAAGAGGUAACUAAAGAGGGUAAACCGAAGAAGGUGAUCAAGAAGAAGAUCAUAAAGAAGAGAGGCAAAGAACAGCAGGAAACUGAGGUUGUCACGGUUGAAGAACAAGGAAAGGUACCUGUUACUACUGUGACUGAAGGACCUGUUGAAGAAGUUGUCGAUGAGAUCAUAAAGACACUACCUGCACCUAAACAUGCUAAACCUUCAGAGGUUGAAGAAGUACGCGAACAGGUAACAGUGACGCAAGAAGUGACCAAACUAGGAAAACCAAAGAAGACUAUUAAGAGGAAAAUUAUCACGCGUAAAGGAAAAGAGCAGAAGGUUAAAGAAAUUGUCACGGUUGAAGAAGAAGGAAAAGCUCCAGAAACAACUGUCACUGAGGGACCGGUAGAAGAAGUUGUGGAAGAAGAAAUAAAAGAACUUCCUCUACCAGAGUUUGUUAAACCAACUGAAAUUGAAGAGGUGCGUGAACAGGUGACGGUCACAGAAGAAGUCACCAAAGAAGGUAAACCAAAGAAGACAACUAAGAAGAAGAUCAUAAAGAAGAGAGGCAAAGAACAACAGGUAACUGAAGUUGUGACAGUCGAAGAGAAAGGUAAAGUGCCAGUUACAACUGUGACCGAAGGACCUGUUGAGGAAGUUGUCGAUGAGAUCGUAAAGACACUACCUGCACCUAAACAUGCUAAACCUUCAGAAAUAGAAGAAGUACGCGAACAGGUAACAGUAACGCAAGAAGUGACCAGACUAGGAAAACCAAAGAAGACAACCAAGAAGAAGAUAAUCACUCGCAAAGGAAAAGAACAGACGGUUAAAGAAAUUGUCACGGUCGAGGAGGAAGGAAAAGCUCCAGAGACGACAGUGACUGAAGGACCUGUAGAGGAAGUUGUGGAAGAAGAAGUAAAAACACUUCCUGUACCAGAACUUGUUAAGCCUACCGAAGUCGAAGAAGUGCGUGAACAGGUGACGGUUACAGAAGAAGUAACCAGAGAAGGUAAACCUAAGAAGACAAUUAAGAAGAAGAUCGUAAAGAAGAGAGGUAAAGAACAACAGGUGACUGAAGUUGUGACAGUUGAAGAACAAGGUAAGGUACCUGUCACUACAGUGACUGAAGGACCUGUUGAGGAAGUUGUUGAUGAGAUCACAAAGACAUUACCUGCACCUAAACACGCUAAACCUUCAGAAGUAGAGGAAGUGCAUGAACAAGUAACAGUGACUCAAGAAGUGACCAAAUUGGGCAAACCAAAGAAAACAACUAAGAGAAAGAUCAUCACGCGCAAAGGAAAGGAACAGAAGGUUAAGGAGAUUGUCACGGUGGAAGAAGAAGGAAAGGCUCCGAAAACAACUGUGACUGAAGGUCCAGUUGAAGAAGUUGUUGAGGAAGAAAUAAAAUCACUUCCUGCACCGGAGUUUGUUAAACCAACUGAAGUUGAAGAAGUCCGCGAACAGGUGACAGUGACAGAGGAGGUAACCAAAGAAGGCAAACCGAAGAAGAUAAUCAGGAAGAAGAUUAUUAAGAAGAAAGGUAAAGAACAGAGGGAAACAGAGGUGGUUACAGUUGAAGAACAAGGAAAAGCACCAGUCACCACUGUCACCGAAGGACCAGUUGAAGAAAUCGUUGAUGAGACCAUAAAGGAACUGCCGGCACCAAAAUAUGCUAAGCCGUCAGAAGUAGAAGAAGUUCGCGAACAAGUAACAGUGACACAAGAAGUGACCAAGUUAGGAAAGCCGAAGAAAACAACUAAGAGAAAGAUUAUCACUCGUAAAGGAAAAGAACAGAGGGUCAAAGAGAUUGUUACUGUUGAGGAGGAAGGAAAGGCUCCGGUAACAACUGUAACUGAACGACCUGUGGAAGAAGUGGUAGAAGAAGAAAUAAAGACACUUCCAGUACCGGAGUUUGUGAAACCCACUGAAGUUGAGGAGGUACGUGAACAAGUGACGGUUACAGAGGAGGUGACCAAGGAAGGAAAACCAAAGAGGGUAGUCAGGAAGAAGAUCAUAAAGAAGAAAGGUAAAGAGCAACAGGAGACAGAGGUGGUGACAGUCGAAGAGCAAGGUAAGGCACCUGUUGUCACCGUAACAGAAGGUCCAGUUGAAGAAAUUGUUGAUGAAACUGUAAAAGCAUUGCCUGCACCUAAAUAUGCAAAGCCAUCAGAAGUGGAGGAGGUGCGAGAACAAGUAACGGUGACUCAGGAAGUGACCAAAUUAGGAAAGCCAAAGAAAACAACCAAGAGGAAGAUUAUAACACGCAAAGGCAAAGAACAGAGAGUUAAGGAGAUCGUCACUGUUGAAGAGGAAGGUAAAGCACCAGAAACGACUGUAACCGAACGACCUGUGGAGGAGGUUGUAGAAGAAGAAAUUAAAACACUUCCUGUCCUGGAGUUCCUUAAACCAACUGAAGUUGAAGAAGUGCGCGAACAAGUAACUGUCACGGAGGAGGUGACGAAAGAAGGCAAACCGAAGAAGGUAACCAGAAAGAAGAUCAUAAAGAAGAAAGGUAAAGAACAGAGAGAGACUGAGGUGGUUACAGUUGAAGAACAAGGAAAGGCACCAGUAGUCACCGUGACUGAAGGACCAGUUGAGGAGGUUAUUGAUGAAACUGUGAAAGCGCUUCCUGCUCCUAAGUACGCCAAACCUUCAGAAGUAGAGGAAGUCCGAGAACAAGUAACAGUGACUCAAGAAGUGACUAAGACAGGAAAACCAAAGAAGACAACGAAGAAGAAGAUAAUAACACGCAAAGGAAAACAGCAACAGGUUAAAGAGAUUGUCACUGUUGAGGAAGAAGGAAAAGCUCCGAAGACUACUGUGACUGAAGGACCAGUAGAAGAAGUUGUCGAGGAAGAAACAACAACGCUUCCAGUAGAGGAGUUCUUGAGACCAGCUGAGGUUGAGGAAGUACGUGAGCAAGUGACGGUUACAGAGGAGGUAACCAAAGAAGGUAAACCAAAGAAGACAAUCAGGAAGAAGAUCAUAAAGAAGAAAGGAAAAGAUCAGCAGGUAACUGAAGUUGUGACUGUCGAGGAACAAGGAAAGGUUCCGGUUACAACUGUGACUGAAGGACCACUUGAAGAAGUUAUUGAUGAGACGGUGAAGACACUACCUGCACCCAAAUAUGCUAAACCAUCAGAAGUUGAAGAAGUACGUGAACAAGUAACGGUGACUCAAGAAGUAACUAAAUUAGGAAAACCAAAGAAGACAACGAAGAAGAAGAUUGUAAUACGCAAAGGAAAACAACAGCAAGUCAAAGAAAUUGUUACAGUUGAGGAAGAAGGAAAAGCUCCGGAGACAACUGUGACAGAAGGACCUGUAGAAGAAGUUGUUGAGGAAGAAAUAAAAGCACUUCCUGCUCCUGAGUUUGUCAAACCUGAAGUUGAAGAAGUGCGUGAACAGGUAACUGUCACGCAAGAGGUAACCAAAGAAGGUAAACCGAAGAAGACUAUUAAGAAGAAGAUUAUAAAGAAGAAGGGCAAGGAGCAGCAGGUGACUGAAGUUGUGACUGUUGAGGAGCAAGGAAAGGCUCCAGUCACUACUGUGACGGAAGGACCAGUUGAGGAGGUUGUUGAUGAGACAGUGAAAGCACUACCUGCCCCAGAAUAUGCUAAGCCAUCUGAAGUUGAAGAAGUACGCGAACAAGUGACAGUGACUCAAGAAGUUACUAAACAAGGAAAGCCAAAGAAAACAACUAAGCGAAAAAUUGUUACUCGCAAAGGAAAAGAACAGCGAGUUAAAGAGAUUGUCACUGUGGAGGAAGAAGGUAAAGCUCCGAAGACAACCGUAACUGAGGGCCCAGUUGAAGAAGUUGUCGAGGAAGAAGUAACAACACUUCCAGCGCCAGAAUUUGUCAAACCAUCAGAGGUGGAAGAAGUGCGUGAACAAGUAACAGUGACGCAAGAAGUGACUAAACAAGGAAAACCAAAGAAAACAACCAAGAGGAAAAUUAUUACACGCAAAGGAAAAGAACAGCAGGUUAAAGAGAUUGUCACUGUUGAAGAAGAAGGUAAAACGCCAAAAACAACUGUAACUGAGGGCCCAGUGGAAGAAGUUGUCGAGGAAGAGAUAAAGACACUUCCUGUAUCAGAGUUUGUCACACCAUCCGAAGUGGAGGAAGUGCGAGAACAAGUGACGGUCACUGAAGAAAUAACUAAACUUGGCAAACCAAAGAAGACUACCCGAAAGAAGAUCAUUAAACGUAAAGGUAAAGAACAGCAAGUUACUGAGGUCGUUACAGUUGAGGAGGAAGGAAAGGCGCCUAAGACAACUGUGACUGAAGGACCUGUUGAAGAAAUAGUUGAUGAAACGAUUAAACCCUUGGCAGCUCCGAAGAAAGUCAAACCGGUGGAAGUAGAGGAAGUACGUGAACAAGUAACGGUGACUGAAGAAGUGACCAAAUUAGGAAAGCCUAAGAAGACCACCAAAAAGAAGAUCAUUACACGUAAAGGAAAGGAACAACAAGUUAAAGAGAUUGUCACAGUUGAGGAAGAAGGAAAGGCUCCCAAGACAACUGUGACGGAAGGACCUGUGGAGGAAGUUGUCGAAGAAGAAAUAAAGACUCUUCCUGUAUCAGAAUUUGUUACACCAUCAGAAGUGGAGGAGGUACGUGAACAGGUAACGGUAACCGAAGAAGUGACUAAGGAAGGCAAACCUAAGAAGACAACUAAGAAGAAGAUUAUUAAGAAGAAGGGCAAAGAUCAACAGGUGACGGAAAUCGUUACUGUUGAAGAACAAGGAAAAGCGCCUGUUACCACCGUCACUGAGGGUCCAACUGAAGAGAUCCUCGAAGAAGUCAUCAAACCGCUUCCUGCCCCAGAAGCGAUAAAACCAUCUGAAGUCGAAGAAGUGAGAGAACAGGUUACCGUUACUGAAGAAAUAACCAAAGAAGGCAAACCUAGAAAGGUGACUAAGAAGAAGGUAGUCAAACGGAAAGGAAGAGAACAGCAGGUCCAAGAAGUUGUCACUGUCGAAGAACAAGGUAAAGCUCCAGUUACAACAGUUACUGAAGGUCCAUCUGAAGAAAUCGUGGAAGAGAUAGUCAAAGCUCUGCCGGCACCUAAAGGCGCCAAGCCAUCCGAAGUUGAGGAGGUACGCGAACAAGUCACUGUCACUGAAGUUGUUACCAAAGAAGGUAAACCGAAGAAGAUUACUAAGAAGAAAGUUAUUAAACGCAAAGGUAAAGAUCAGCAGGUCACUGAAGUGGUCACAGUGGAAGAACAAGGUAAAGCGCCUGUUACCACUGUCACUGAAGGACCUGUUGAAGAAGUUAUUGAAGAAGUACUGAAACCCUUACCUGCCCCUGAAUUUGUGAAACCAUCUGAUGUCGAAGAGGUACGGGAACAGGUGACUGUUACUGAAGAAGUAACAAAAGAGGGUAAACCUAGAAAGGUCAUUAAGAAGAAGGUUGUAACACGAAAAGGUAAAGAGCAAAAGGUCAAAGAGGUUGUUACUGUUGAAGAGCAAGGUAAAGCGCCUGUCACAACUGUCACGGAAGGUCCAACUGAAGAAAUAGUUGAAGAGACAGUGAAAGCUCUGCCUGCACCCAAAGGUGCUAAACCAUCAGAAGUGGUGGAGGUUCGCGAACAAGUCACUGUUACUGAAGAAAUCACUAAGGAAGGCAAACCAAAGAAGGUCACCAAAAAGAAGGUUAUCAAACGCAAGGGUAGAGAACAGCAGGUCACUGAAGAAGUCACUGUAGAAGAACAAGGUAAAGCACCUGUUACAACAGUGACUGAAGGACCUGUUGAAGAAGUUGUUGAAGAAGCACUAAAACCAUUACCUGCUCCUGAAGUUGUCAAACCCUCUGAAGUGGAAGAAGUACGAGAACAGGUAACUGUCACUGAAGAAGUGACAAGAGAGGGUAAACCUAAGAAUGUCAUCAAAAAGAAGGUGAUUAAACGUAAAGGAAGAGAACAGCAGGUUCAAGAGGUUGUUACUGUUGAAGAAGAAGGUAAAGCUCCUGUUACAACUGUCACUGAAGGUCCAACUGAAGAAAUUGUUGAAGAAACAAUCAAAGCACUUCCUGCACCCAAAGGUGCCAAACCGUCUGAAGUUGAAGAAGUGCGAGAACAAGUCACUGUUACUGAAGUUGUUACUAAAGAAGGCAAACCGAAGAAGAUCACCAAGAAGAAAGUUAUUAAGCGCAAGGGUAAAGAACAGCAGGUCACCGAAGAGGUCACAGUGGAAGAACAGGGUAAAGCACCUGUCACGACUGUGACUGAAGGACCUGUUGAAGAAGUUGUGGAAGAAACCCUGAAACCAUUGCCUGCUCCAGAAUUCGUCAAACCAUCUGAAGUCGAAGAAGUAAGAGAGCAGGUAACUAUUACUGAAGAAGUGACAAAGGAGGGUAAGCCUAAGAAAGUCAUUAAGAAGAAGGUUAUUAAACGUAAAGGAAGAGAACAGCAAGUACAGGAAGUUGUCACUGUUGAAGAGGAAGGAAAGGCUCCAGUGACAACUGUCACAGAAGGUCCUACUGAAGAAAUCGUUGAAGAGACCGUGAAGGCACUGCCUGCACCCAAAGGUGCCAAACCAUCAGAAGUUGUCGAAGUCCGUGAACAGGUCACUGUUACUGAAGAAAUAACUAAAGAAGGAAAACCGAAGAAGGUUACCAAGAAGAAGGUUACUAAACGGAAAGGAGCAGAGCAGCAGGUGACAGAGGUUGUUACCGUUGAAGAGCAAGGUAAAGCUCCAGUGACAACUGUCACUGAGGGCCCCGUUGAAGAAGUUGUUGAGGAAACUCUGAAACCAUUGCCUGCUCCAGAGUUCGUCAAACCAUCCGAAGUCGAGGAAGUGAGAGAACAAGUCACUGUUACGGAAGAAAUAACUAAGGAAGGUAAACCUAGAAAGGUGACUAAGAAGAAGGUAGUCAAACGGAAAGGAAGAGAACAACAGGUGCAAGAAGUUGUUACUGUUGAAGAGCAAGGUAAAGCUCCGGUUACAACGGUCACAGAAGGUCCAACUGAAGAAAUCGUUGAAGAAACCGUAAAGGCAUUGCCUGCGCCCAAAGGUGCUAAGCCAUCAGAAGUUGAAGAAGUCCGCGAACAAGUCACUGUUACUGAAGAAAUCACUAAGGAAGGCAGACCUAAGAAGGUCACCAAGAAGAAGGUUAUCAAACGCAAAGGUAAAGAACAGCAGGUCACUGAAGAGGUCACGGUGGAGGAGCAAGGUAAAGCUCCAGUGACAACUGUUACUGAAGGUCCCAUUGAAGAAGUUGUUGAAGAAACUCUGAAACCUCUACCUGCUCCAGAAUUCGUCAAACCAUCCGAAGUCGAAGAAGUCCGAGAACAGGUUACCGUUACUGAAGAAGUGACCAAAGAAGGUAAACCUAAGAAGGUGAUCAAGAAGAAAGUUAUCAAACGAAAGGGAAAAGAACAGAAGGUUCAAGAGAUUGUUACUGUCGAAGAACAAGGUAAAGCGCCAGUUACAACUGUCACGGAAGGUCCCACUGAAGAAGUUGUUGAAGAGACAGUGAAGAAGCUGCCUGCACCCAAGGGUGCCAAACCAUCUGAGGUUGAAGAGGUUCGUGAACAAGUCACUGUUACUGAAGAAGUCACUAAGGAAGGUAAACCGAAGAAAAUCACCAAGAAGAAGGUUACGAAACGCAAAGGCACUGAACAACAGGUGACGGAAGUUGUUACCGUUGAAGAGCAAGGUAAAGCUCCUGUUACCACCGUCACUGAAGGACCUGUUGAAGAAGUCGUUCAAGAAACUCUGAAAGCACUACCUGCUCCCGAACGUGUCCAGCCUUCUGAAGUCGAGGAAGUACCCGAAGAGGUUACAGUGGUCGAGGUUGUCACUAAAGAAGGUAAAAAGAAGAAGGUCGUUAAGAAGAAGCCUAAACCAAAAACCGAAGAUGAAAAAGCUCCUGAAGCUCCUGAAGAAGCUCCUGAAGAGGCUCCUGUGGAAGGCAAGAAGCCUAUCAAACUUCAGCGUUUCAAGAUGUCCAAAAUCAAAGUCCAAACACUGGACGUACAGGAGAUGUCUCUGGACAAACCUCAAUUCGCACAAAUUAAAUUACGCAAAGCUCCAGUCGCUAAACGUCCGAGCAAGAAGGAAGAGAAAUUCCCUCGUAUUCUUCUGAGAAGCCGCAUCAUUUCCAUCGAAUGGCCACCGUCACCGAAAUACUUGAAGUUCGAGGAACUCGAACCAAAUGAAAUUCAAAAUGGAAUAUUGUCUCGCAACGUCGAUGAAGCGGCCGCGUUACCGAAACCGAAGAAGAAGAAGGUCAAACGUUUGGAGAAGGAGAUUGCGAAACUGGAGAAAUUAGAUCAAGAAUUCGCUGAACUGAAGAAAGAAUUGCCUCUUGAGAAGCUGGAGGAACCAGUACCGGAGGAGAAACCAGAACGCAAAGUGAAGAAGAAGAAGAAACCCGAAGACAAGGUGAAAGAAGCACUGAAGCCUCAACUGAUGAGGAUUAGUAUUAAAGAGCAGAAGCCUAUUAAACCGAAGAUUGAAGAACCAGCCACUCCACUGUUCGCACAAAUCAAGUUGAAGAAAGCUCCGACUAAGCCGAAGAAGAAGGCAGAGAAGGAGGAAGGCAAAUUCCCGAAGAUUUUGCUACGCAGUCGAAUCACCGCACACGAAUGGCCACCAUCGAUGAAGUACCCGGUGAUAACCACCCUGGAGCCAAAUUAUGUGCAAAGUGGAAUACUGUCGCGUACGAUGGAGGAGGCACUGAAGCUGAAGAAGAUAAAGCAUAAAAAGAUGAAGCUUCCCGAAAAGGAGAUCACAGAGCUCGAGAAGCUUGAUCAGGAGUUCGAGGAGCUGAAGAAGGUUCCUCUGGAGAAACCCGAAGAACUCGCUCCAUAUGAAAGAAAACCGAAACCGAAGAAACCCGAGGAGGAGGAGCCGAAGAAGUUGGUGAUAGGCAAAGGAAAGCGUCGACCGUCGGAGGAAGAAGAACCGGAGACUGUCAAACUGAAGAAAAUACCGGAGAAGGUUCCAAGUGUUCCGGAAGAAAAGGAGAAGGUGCCAAAGAAGAAAGAUGAAGUUGAUAAACCGAAGAAAGAGAAAGAAGAGAAAGAAUAUCCGGAGCUGAAACCGUUCGAACCUUACGACAUAGAAGCUCCGGAGGUAGAAUUGGAGGAGAGAGAGAAACCGGAGUAUCCUGAACCCGAGAAACCGAAAGAGAAGAAGGUUCCAGGCAAAAGACCGAAGAAGGAACGUAAGACACCGGCUCAGGAGUCUGAAGAGGUUCCGAUUGUGCCCGGUAUUCCUAAACCGAAGGAACCUGAAGAAGAAGAAGAGAUAAAGAGAAGAAUUCCUGAGAGGCCACCUCCAACUGAAGAACCGGAGAAAAUUAAACUGAAGCCCUGGAAAAAGGGUGAAGAACCAAAAGAAGAAGAAAAGAUACCUGAAGAUAUCAUCAAGUUCGUUCCAAGAGACGACGACAUUGUCGAGACUGUAGAAGUAAUCACGACCGUGGAAGAGACACCGGAGAAGAAACAGCGAAAGAUUCGAAAGAAGAAAACGAUCACUAAACCGAAGGACGAGAAACCGAAAGUGGUUGAAGAAACCACAAUCGAAGAAGAAGGUGUCGAACCUGUAGUCACGGUCGAGGAAUUCGAAUUAGAGAAACUUGAAGCCGUACCGGUCGAGUCCGUCGAGAAAGCCGCGCCUGUUGAAGAAAUCAAAGAAGAGAUCGUAACGAGCGAGAUAAUCACCGAGGAAGGAACAAAGAAAACUGUGCGCAAAAAACGCGUAACCAGGAAACGCGAAGGUAAAGAACGUGUCACCGAAGAGGUGACUGUCGAAGAGGAAGGUAAAGAACCAUUAACAGCAACAAUAGAACUUCACGAAGACACUAUAUCAGAAAUACACGAACAAGCUAAACACAAAAGACCAACAAAACCAAAAGCAGUCGAGAAAUUGGCCGAAGAUGUCACGGAGAAGACGGUCGAACAGGAGAUCAUCGAAGAAGUCACGGAAAUAAAGCCGAAGAAGAAAGUGAUCAAGAAGGAGAAACCUGUGAAGGCUAAGGACGAAGUCACCGAAGAAGUUGUGGAAGAAAUAAUAAUAGAAGAACCGGAGAAACGGGAAGCUAAACCGAUCGUGGAGGAAGAAGAGACGGUGAUAAUCACCGAACACGAUGUCAGGAAAGCUCCGAAGAAGAAGAAGGAAGUCGUCAUUAAGGAGGAGGAAGAGAUUUUUGAAACUAUCGAAACACCCACUCAUAAGAUCAUCAGGAAGAAGAUACGCCCGAUGAAGAAGGGUGAAGAGGAAGUCGUGGUUGAAGAGAUCAUCCAGAAACCCAGGGAAGAAACCAUAGAAAUGGAGGAACAACAGAUAGUGGAAGUUGUGGAGACUCCCACUAAGAAGAUCGUGAAGAAGAAGAAAGAGGUAGUGAAGGAUGGUGGUGUUCCUGAAGAGCUUGUUGAGGAAAUCAUCAUCGAGAAGCCACAGAAGAAAAAGGCGAAACCGAUCGUGGAAGAAGAGAAGAAGAAGGUCAAGGUGACCAAGGUAGAUUUGAAGGAAGGACCAGAGAAGCCGGAGGAGGUAAUAGAAGAAGAAGAAGAGAUCAUCGAAACUAUCGAAACACCGACGAAGAAGAUCAUUCGCAAGAAACCGAAAGAGAAGAAGGAUAAAGUAAUCGAGGAAGUCAUUCAGAAGACCAUAGAAGAAGCUAAGGCGAUGGAGGAAGAAGAAAUCGUAGAAAUAAUAGAAACACCGACGAAGAAGGUCAUUAAGAAGAAGAAAGCAACUAUCAAAGAAGGCAAAGCACCUGAAGAAGAAGUUGAAGAGAUUGUGAUCGAGAAGCCUGUUAAAGAAAAGGCUAAAAAGAAAAUCACACCAAAGGAAGGAGUGGAAAUCACUGAAGUUACCACGGAAACCUCCGUCGAAUGGUUACCUGAAGAAAAAGUCAAACCCGAAGAAGCCAAGCCCUCGGAAGUGGAAGAAGAAAAAGUGGAAAUAACUGAAGUAUCAGUGAAGAAAGUGCCGAAGAAGAAGAAGCCAGUUAAAGCUGUCGAGGCGGAAGAACAGGAAGAAGUUGUUGAAGAAAUAAAGCCUGAAGUACCUAAGAAGGUGAAGGCGAAACCAGGAGUCACUGAGAAAGAAGGUAUAGAAGUGACUGAAGUAAUUUCUGAGGUUGGUGCGGAAGAACUUCCUGAAGAGGAGAAACCCAAGAAAAAGAAAGCGGUCGAAGUCAAAGAAACGGAGGAGAAGGUAAUUACAAAGAAGGUGAAGGUGAAGAAGGCACCGAAAGAAGGGGUACCUGAGGAGGAAGAACAGCCAGUUGAAGAAGUCGAGGAACUUGUUCCUGAGAAGCCGAAGAAAACUAAGGCAAAGAAAGAAAUUCCUACAAAGGAAGGCAUAAUUACAACUGAAGUCAUUACUACAACAAAGGAAGAGAAGUUGGAGGUUGAGAAACCCGAAGAAGAAGAGGUUACAGUUGUCGAAGAGAAGGAGGAGAAGGCAACUGUGGAAGAGAAGAAGGUUACCGUAAAGAAAGCACCCAAGAAGAAAUUAAAGCCAACUGAAGCUGAAGAGGAACAAGUGGAGGAAGUUGUGGAAGAAAUAACACCGGAAGAACCAAAGAAGAGGAAAGCUAAGAAGGCUGUUAUUCCCAAGGAAGAAAUCCAAACAACCGAGGUAGUUACCGAAAUUAGAACAGAGGAAAUAGCUGAAGAGAAACCGAAAGAGGAGAAGGCUGAACCUAAGGAGGAAGAAAAGGUGGAAGAAGAGGCGAAGGUAACUGAGGUAACUAUUAAGAAGAAGGAGAAGAAGAAGAAGGAAAAGGUUGUAACGAAUGGUGAAGUGAUUGAAGAGAAACCGAAGGUGAAAGAAAUUCCGGAAGAAAAACCGAAAGAGGAGGUUCCAGAGGUGCCGAAGGAGGAAGAAGUGCUUAAAGAGAAGCCGGAAGAAAAGAAACCGAAGAAGGUGAAGCCCAAAGAGGAGAAACCUGAGGAAGUGAAAGAAGAGAAAGUGGAAGAAGAGAAACCUAAAGAAGAAAAACCAGAAGAGAAGAAGCCAAAGAAGGUGAAACCCAAAGUGGAGAAACCUAAGGAAGAAAAACCAGAGGAAGUGAAACCUGAAGAAGAGAAAGUGGAAGAAGAGAAACCUAAAGAAGAAAAACCAGAAGAGAAGAAGCCAAAGAAGGUGAAACCCAAAGUGGAGAAACCUAAGGAAGAAAAACCAGAGGAAGUGAAACCUGAAGAGGAAAAACCAGAAGAAGAGAAACCGGUAGAAGUGAAGCCCAAGGAAGAAAAACCAAAGGAAGAGAAACCGAAAGAGGCGAAACCCAAAGAGAAGAAGCCAAAGGAAGAGAAACCGAAGGAAGCCAAACCUGAGGAAGAAAAACCAGUGGAAGAGAAACCUGAAGAGAAACCGGAAGAAGUAAAACCAGAAGAGGAGAAACCAAAGGAAGAGAAGCCUAAGAAGAAGAAACCCGCAGAAAAGAAGCCAAAGAUCUCUGAAGAAGAACGACCUGAGGAGAAAGCAGAAGAAAUACCUGAAGAGAAGCCGAAGAAAGUCAAGGCUAAGAAAGAGGUCGUUCCAAAGGAACCUGUUGAAACUACCGAAGUAAUUCCAGAGGCUGUGCCGGAAGAGAUACCGACAAAGAAACCGGAGGAACGCAAAGCAGUACCAGUUGAAGAAGAAGAAGAGAAGGUUGAAAUCACUGAGGUACCCACAGAGAAGGCUCCAGAGAAGAAAGAAGAGGUACCAGAAGAAAAGCCAACCGAAGCUCCAGAAAAACCGAAGGAGGCUAAGGUUGUGAAGAAGAAGAAGAAGAAGCCGGCUAAGAAAGACGAAAUUGAGGAAUGGGUGGAACCAGAGUACGAGAGACCUGUACUGGAACCCAUGCCAGAGAAGAUAGUAUGGGAACCGAAAAAGAAGAAGGAGAAGAAACCCUUGCCGGAAUCUCUUCAGAAACUGGUACCACAGAAGAUCGAGAGGAAGGAGAUCAAACCCACGAAACUGAAGAUUUCGGAGCCCCAGGAGACCGUUCAGUUCGCUUCCAUCAAGCUGAAGAAGGUCACGGUACCGAAGAAGAAAUCGGUCGACGAGAAGAAGUUCCCGAAGAUCAUGUUGCGUAGCAGGAUAACGUUUGUCGGUGACUAUCCGCCCGAGUUACAGAUUCCGAAGAUCACCGAACUUGAAGAGAACCCGGUUCAAGCGGGUAUUCUGUCCAGGAACACGGAAGAAGCUCUCAAAGUUCUGAAGAGGAAGAUUAAAAAGGUGAAACUAUCCGAAAAAGAGACAACACAGUUGGAGAAACUGGAUCUCGAAUUCGAGGAGCUGAAGAAGGUGCCUCUGGAGAAAGUGGAAGACAAAUCGGUGUACGAACGCCAACCGAAGAAACCGGCAGAGAAACCAGAAGAACCACAGAAGGUUCCUAUGGGAAAAGGCAAGGUGCCAGAAGAAGAGAAGGUAGAGCCUGAGAAGGUCAAACUGAAGAAGAUACCAGAGAAGAAGCCGGAAGAAGUCGAAGAACCACUGAAGAAACCACCUAAGCCAGAACCAGAGGAAGAAGAGAAACCAGAGAAGAAGAAGAAACCGAAAGUGAAACUAGAACAUGAUGACCUCAAGCCUUUGGACUUUGACAGGCCAGAGCUUGAGAAAUACGAACCUGAAGAGUAUGAGAAGCCAGAAGAACCAGCUCCUGAGCCAGUUCCAAAACCAUACGAGAGGGAAGAAAAGAAGAAACCAGAUCAGGAGAUAGAGCAAAUUCCGUUGAUAAAGGGCAAACCAAAACCACCGGAACCCGUAGAAGAACCGGAAGUCAAGUUCAGGAUACCUACGAAAGAGAAACCGGAAGAGGAGCCUGAGCAGAUAACACUGAAGCCGUGGAAGAAGGAGAAACCUGAGGAAGAAGAAGUGAAAGAAGCACCGAAGAAAGAGGAAGAGGAAGUUCCAAAAGCACCUAAAGAAGAACCUGAAGAUGUGACGGUGAGACGUAAGACAAAGGUCAAGAAGCCUAAAGAGAAGCCUAAAGAAGAGAAGGAAGAAGAGGUAACGCUUAAGAAACCGGAAGAAAAGCCGGAGGAAGUGACUGAAGAAGUACCCUUGAAGAAGGAACCAGAAAAACCGGUUGAAGAAGCUCCGGCUGAAGUUACAAUUAAGAAGCCCGUUGUGGAGGAAGAGAAAGUGGAAGAGGAAGAGACGGUAACUGCAGUCACGCUGAAAAAGAAACCAGAGAAACCGAAAGAAGAGGUCGAAGAAGCGGUCGUAAAGAAACCGAAGAAGAAACCGGUUAAAGAAGAAGAGGUUACAGUAGAGGAAGUAACGCUCAAGAAGGUUGUCACUGAAGAAGAGAAAGAAGAAGAGAAGGUUGUCAUAAAGAAACCGAAGAAGAAACCCGUUCCAGAGGUAACUGAAGAAGUUACAGAGGAGGUUACUCUGAAGAAACCGGAGGAAAAAGCGCCGGAAGAGGUGACAGAAGAAAUAAAGAAACCGAAGAAGAAGAAGCCGGUGAAGGAAGAAGCUGCCGAAGAAGUUACAAUAAAGAAACCUGUUGUGGUUGAGGAGGAGGAGGAAGAAAUCACAAAGGAGGUUACUGUGAAGAAAAAGAAGAAGCCUGAAGAGAAACCUGUUCCGGAAGAGGUUACUGAAGAGGUUACAUUGAAGCCCGUACCAAAAGAAGAAGAGAAGGCUCCUGAAGAGGUGACCGAAGAAGUAGCAAUUAAGAAACCGAAGAAGAAGAAGCCAGUGAAGGAAGAAGCUGCCGAAGAGAUUACAAUAAAGAAACCUGUUGUGGAAGAAAAGAAAGAGGAGGCUCCAGAAGAGGUGACAUUGAAACCCAAGAAACCAAAAGAGAAACCUGUUCCGGAAGAGGUUACUGAAGAGGUUACAUUGAAACCGGUACCCAAAGAAGAGGAGAAGACUCCUGAAGAAGUGACCGAGAAGGUAGAAGUGAAGAAACCUAAGAAGAAGAAACCCGUUCAAGAGGAGGCGGCUGAUGAAGUCACUCUGAAGAAACCUGUGGUGGUUGAGAAAGAAGAAGAAGAGAUCACAGAGGAGGUGACUUUGAAGAAGAAGAAGCCGGAGAAGAAACCUGUUCCGGAAGAGGUAGCUGAAGAGAUCACCUUGAAGAAGCCGGUACCCAAAGAAGAAGAAAAAGCUCCUGAAGAAGUGAGUGAAAAGGUGGAAGUAAAGAAACCAAAGAAGAAGAAACCGGUUGAAGAGGAGGCUGCUGAUGAAGUCACACUUAAGAAGCCUGUGGUUGUUGAGAAGGAGGAGGAAGAAAUCACAGAGGAGGUGACUUUGAAGAAGAGGAAGAAGCCUGAAGAGAAACCUGUUCCGGAAGAGGUUUCUGAGGAGGUUACUCUGAAGAAGCCUGUGCCGAAAGAAGAAGAGAAGGCUCCUGAAGAAGUCACUCAAGAAGUAGCAGUAAAGAAACCGAAGAAGAAGAAACCGGUUGAAGAGGAAGCUGCUGAUGAGGUUACCAUAAAGAAACCUGUGGUUGUUGAGAAAGAGGAAGAAGAAAUCACAGAGGAGGUGACUUUGAAGAAGAAGAAGAAGCCUGAAGAGAAACCUGUUCCGGAAGAGGUAUCUGAGGAGGUUACUUUGAAGAAACCGGUACCCAAAGAAGAAGAGAAAGCUCCGGAAGAAGUGACCGAGAAGGUAGAAGUGAAGAAACCUAAGAAGAAGAAGCCAGUGGAAGAGGAGGCUGCCGAUGAGGUUACCAUCAAGAAACCUGUUGUGGUUGAGAAGGAGGAAGAAGAAAUCACUGAGGAGGUUACUUUGAAGAAGAAGAAGAAGCCUGAAGAGAAACCCAUUCCAGAGGAGGUUACUGAAGAAGUUACAUUAAAGAAACCAGUACCCAAAGAAGAAGAGAAGGCUCCAGAAGAAGUAACCGAAAAGGUAGAAGUAAAGAAACCCAAAAAGAAGAAGCCAGUGGAAGAAGAAGCUGCCGACGAGGUAACCAUCAAGAAACCCGUAGUGGUCGAAAAAGAAGAAGCUCCAGAAGAGGUUACCAUCAAACCAAAACCCAAGAAGAAGAAGUCCGUCACAGAGGAAGAAGUCGCCGAAGUAACAAUCUCAAAACCAAAACCCGUCGAAGAAGAAAAGAAGCCAGAAGAGGCCGAAGUCACUCUAAAGAAGAAGCCCAAGAAGAAACCGGUCGUCGAGGAAGAAGCUGCGGAGGUGACUAUCAAAAAGCCCGUUCCAGUCGAAGCCGAAGCGCCCGAAGAAUUCACAAUCAAGAAGAAGAAGAAGCCAGAAAAGAAACCGGAUGUCACCGAGGAAGAGGAGACUGCCGUCACAAUAAAGAAAGCUCGCGCUCCUGAGAAGCCGACGGAAGAAGAAGAAGAAGUGACGACCGAUGUCCAAAUUAAGAAGAAGAAAGCUCCGAAGAAGGUCGAGGAGGCGGCUGCGGAUGAGUUAACGAUUAAGAAGAUUGAAGAAGUAGAGCCAGAAGCAGAAGAAAUACAAGAGUUUACGAUCAAACGCAAACCACCGAAGCUACCUCCAAAACCGAUUGAAGAAAUCUACGAGGACGUCACUCUCCGCAAACUGCGGCCAAAGAAGAAGCCCAGGCCUGACAUCAAAGAGGUGACCGAAGCCGAGAACGUCACAUUCCGUCCACGCAGCACGAAGACCAAGGAGGAUGUCGAGCAGGAGUUCAAGAUCUCGUUGAACACCUACGAGGAAGAAGACAUCUCAAUGUCCGGUAAGGUGCGUCUGAAACCGAAGAAACGUCCGAUGACCUUCUCGGAGGAGACCGGAGAAGAGACGAUCAGAAUCCUGCAGGAAGUGGAGGAUGAAUCUGGACCUAUCAUCGAGGAGAUCAUAGAAUCCGACGAGGAAGGCAGGGACGAGUACAGCGUGGAGGAAUUAGAGACGGACGAGAUGAGGCUGCCGUUGAGAAGAAGAAGGAAGAAGGAACCCAAACCAUACAAGGUGGAAGAUGUCGAAGAAGGCGACGUGAUGUUAAAACUGAAACGCGACAGGAAGUACUCGAUCGAGGAAGCGGACGAAUCGCUGGCAUUGAAGCUGAAGAGCAAGAGACGCGUUUCAACAUACGACGAAGAAGAGGCGACGCUUAGCAUUACCAGGGAAGAGGAUAUUUCAGAGGAAGUGGAAAUUGAAUACGUUGUACGCGAUGGCGACACAAUGUUCUCAAUCUGCUCAUACGUGGCGGAAACCGACGAAGCUAUCAACCUCGUCGAAGGAGAAAGAGUUUACAUUAUCGAUCACACGAAUCAGGACUGGUGGUUCGUGAAGAAACACUUGACGGAGGAAAAGGGUUGGGUUCCAGCGCAGUACUUAUUGAACGAAGCUCACUACACUCUUUAUCUGCAACGCAAAUUGCACGAGAAAAUUGAUAAAUUACCUGUGUUUGAAAAACCAGCACCUGGAGAGAAGUCAUCAGCACCAAAGUUCAUCGAAAAGUUACAACCCAUACACACACCCGAUGGUUACACGGUUCAAUUCGAGUGUCAAGUGGAAGGUGUACCAAGGCCACAAAUCACGUGGUUCCGACAGACCGCCAUUAUCAAGCCAUCCCCAGACUUCCAAAUGUAUUACGAUGACGACAACGUUGCAACACUGAUCAUCAGAGAAGUGUUCCCUGAAGACGCUGGCACCUUCACGUGUGUCGCUAAAAAUGCAGCAGGAUUCGCGUCCAGCACCACGGAGUUGGUUGUGGAAGCUCCUCUUUCUGAUCAUGGGUCAGAUUUGACUGGUCCAUCCAGAAAGAGUCUGUCCAGAGAAUCAUCCCUCGCCGACAUCUUGGAAGGAAUACCACCAACAUUCUCCAGGAAACCCAAAGCAAAAUACGUGGACGAGGGUGAAGACGUAAUCAUUGAAUGCCGACUGGUGGCUGUACCCGAACCGGAAAUAACGUGGUACUACAAGAACACACAGAUCACGACUAAAGAAAAUAUCACGGUUGCCACCGAAAGCGACAUGCAUAUGUACUGCAGUGUAAUUAAGAUCACGAAGGUGCAGAAGAAACAGGAAGGAAAAUAUACUAUCGUUGCUAGAAACAGGGAAGGUGAAGCUACUAUCGAAAUUCCUAUGAAGGUGAAGACCGGCAAAUCCGAGCCACCAGAAAUCCUAGAACCAUUGCAGUCCUACGUGGUAAGAGAAGGAGAAACCGUAGUUCUGUCUACUCAGAUCGUCGGAAAUCCAGCUCCAAAAGUAACUUGGUACAAGAACGGAAAACCACUGAAAGGCGUGUCUCCGAAACAAGAUGGCCACGUGAAUACGUUGACACUAAUUCAGCCACAAGUGUCAGACACAGGAGAAUAUUCUGUGGUGGCUACCAAUGAUCUUGGUACAGCCGAAACUAAGGCUACGUUGACUGUCGAAAUUAACCUGAAGCCUUCAUUGACCAUUAAUAUUCAACAUCACACGUACGAACACUUCACCAUAACGAAGGAAAUACCAAGCGGAGCUCCGGAGCCGCCAUUGUUCACCGAACGGUUCCAAGAACUCACUGUUCCGGAGAAAGGCACGUUUAAAUUGGUCGCCAAAGUCACUGGAAAUCCUGUACCGGAAGUCACGUGGUUAAGGAACAACAAGCCUUUGGAGAAGUCACCGAACAUAACAGAGACCUAUGACGGCGAGAACAUCGUACUCGAGAUCAGAAACGCGAAUUCUGAAGUGGACACCGGAGAUUAUAAAUGCGUCGCCAGUAAUCCUGUAGGAAAAGCCUCGCACGGUGCAAGAGUCACAGUGGACGUUGACAAAGUGACUUUCACGAAGACCCUUGAAAAGGAAGUCGUUGUGGAUGAGUAUAAGACCCUCGAGUUGACGUGCGAGACAUCGCACACGGUGUCCACAAAAUGGUGGCAUAAUGAUAAAGAGAUCAGUGGUAUGGAUCAUCGUGAGAUCAUUGAAGAAGGACGAGUCCAUAAGUUGGUGAUCAAGAAGACCAAUCCUACGGAUGAAGGAACGUAUAAGUGUACUGUUAAGAACCAGAUGACAUCCAGCAAAGUCACGGUGAAAGCCACCAAACCAGAAUUCGUGAAGAAGUUACAAGAUUGCGAGGUGAAGGAGCGCGACGUCGCCAUUUUGGAAGUCGAAAUCACGUCACAGACGGCGGACGUAAAAUGGUUCAAGGAUGGCGAACAACUAGGACCUGGAAAAGAAAAAUUAGAGUUUGUGAAGGAUGGUACAGUAAGGAAAUUGCUGAUUAGGAGCACGUCUGUUCAUGAUGAAGGAGAAUACACUUGUACACUGUUGGAUCAAGAAUGUACAGCAGAAGUCACUGUCGUCGAAUUACCACCCGAGAUCAUCACAAAGAUGCAAGACGUGACAAUAGCAAGAGGCGAAAGAGCAACGUUCGACAUCGAAUUAACGAAAGGCGACGCUUUGGUGCGCUGGUUCAAAGACGGCCAAGAAUUACAAUUCUCAGAGCACAUUCGACUAUCGAUCGACGGAAAGAGGCAGAAAUUGAAGAUCUACGACACGGAACCGGAAGACGCAGGAGUUUACUCUUGCGAAGUCGGCAAACAGAAGUCGUCUGCUAGACUUACGGUCGAAGAACCUGGAGUCGACUUCAUCACCAAAUUACCGGAUGUUACUCUGGUGACGAUGAAUUCUGACGCUGUUUUCGUUAUUGAACUAUCGCAGGAUGUUCCAGUCACUUGGUAUAGAAAAACUCAUGUUAUCGAGGAGUCGUCGAAAUAUACGAUCAUCGACGAGGGCAAAGUGAAGAAGAUGAUUAUAAGGAAAUGUACAACUGACGACAUUGCAGAAUACACUGCAGCUGUUACCAACGUGAAGACGUCUUCAAGAUUGAGAGUAGAAAUCGUCGAAACGCCACCAAAGAUCAGCCCAGACACGCCGAAGAAGUACAAAGUAAGAAAAGACGAGGAUGUAGAAAUUGUAGUGAAGUUUACUGGAACACCAAAACCAGAGGACGAAUGGACCGUAAAUGGUCGCGUGGUGACAAAAUCGAAACGCGUGACUCCAACGAUCGAUGAGGAAUCUGCAACUUUGACUAUCAGAAAGGUGCAAGAAGAAGAUGUCGGUGACUACACUUUGAAACUGGUGAACAAUGCUGGGGAAACUAGUAUUGAAAUCAACGUCGUCAUCGUCCAGGUACCAAGUGCACCUGGAGCUCCAGAGCCAUUAGAAAUCACAAACGACAGCGUGACUCUUCACUGGAAGAAACCAGACUCAGAUGGAAAUUCGCCUAUCACUGAAUACAUUUUGGAGUAUCAAGAGAAGACUGAGACUACGUGGACCAAGGUUACAGAGACAAUAACAGAAACAACUCACAAAGUAACAAAAUUAACAACCAACAAAGAAUACACCUUCCGAGUGACUGCUGUGAACGAAGCAGGACCUGGUGAAACAUCACCAACAUCACCAUACGUGAAGAUAUCGAAACCAUCGGCUGCGGAACCACCAGUCAUCCUGGAACCUUUGAAGAGCGUUGUAAUUGGACUUGGAGAAACUGUCACGCUAUCAUGCGUGAUUGGCGGAACACCAACUCCUGAAAUUACUUGGUUGAAGAAUGGCGAAGUUUUCGCAGACAACAGCAUCACCUACGAGAACCACAUGACAAAGUACACCAUCACAAGAACAACGGAGACCUCAUCAGCUAAAUUCACAGUGAAAGCGAAGAACAAAGUAGGAACCGCAGAAACAACUUGCGAAUUGAAGGUUCAAGAAGCGCCUAAGAUCGUCUACGACGAGAACCUGGCGAAUCAGAAACUGCCAGUUAAUAGUCAAUGGAAGAUCGAGGUUGAGACGAGCGGAUUCCCGAGACCAGAAGUGACUUGGACGAAGAACGGCAAGAAGAUAGAAGAGAAACGGGUGUCUAUUCAGAGGGAAGAGAAGACUUCGACGAUAUCGAUUUCUUCGCUCGUUAGGGAAGACACUGCUACUUAUGCGGUCAAGGCGGAGAAUCAGGCUGGCAGUUCCUCGGUUGAUUUACAUCUUAAAGUUAUUGAUAAACCAAGCAAACCACAAGGACCAGUCGUUUUUAAAGAAAUCAGACAAGAUCGUGUGACCAUCGAAUGGCGACCACCAUUAGACGACGGCGGAAUCGAGCUUGAAAAGUAUACCAUUGAGAAAUGUGAACCUGGAAAGGCUUGGGUGAAAGUUGUUGACAUCGACAAAGAAGUGGAAAGCUUCUGUGUACAUAAACUACAGCAAAAUGCUGAAUACCAGUUCAGAAUCAUCGCUAGGAAUAUUGUUGGAGCUUCGGAACCACUGGAAUCUGAUACUGUUAGAAUGAGAACCUCUUUCGAACCACCAGGAGCACCAAGAGGACCACUGGAAGUAUCAGGAAUGACGAAGACGUCGUUCACAAUAAAAUGGCUGCCUCCGGAAAACGAUGGUGGAACUCCGAUCACGGAAUACAUCAUCGAAAUGAAGGAAGAGUCGAAGAAGACUUGGCAGAAGAUUGGAAUUACCAAACAAGAAACGACACACUUCAGCGUGUCAGACUUGAAGACAGAUGUACCAUACAACUUCAGGAUAACGGCUAAGAAUAGUGUUGGAACUGGACCUCCAUAUGAAGCAGAGGAAGCAAUUGCACCAGGCAGACGAAUCACACCACCCUCGUGUCCACAACACGUGCAAGUUAUAAGCGUUACCAGCAAGAGCGCUACUCUUACUUGGUCACCACCUGCUAGCACUGGAGGCGCAGAACUUACAGGAUACGUGAUCGAGAAGAGGCCACUAAUCGGAAAAGGAGCAAGAUGGACAAAAGUAGUCACUCUAGACGCCACAACUCUCCAAUACUGCGUCGAGAACUUGAAAGAAAGCGAAUUCCUCUUCAGAAUCUUCGCAGAGAACAGUCAGGGCCUCAGUUUACCUGCAAAUUCAGAGCCAGUUACCCUAAAGACUCAUGCCAGUGUACCGUCCCCACCAACGGCACCUUUGGAGAUCAGACAAAUCGCAGCGAACACGGUAGUAAUUUCAUGGGGAAGUCCAGACUCGGAUGGCGGUGCACCAUUGGAGGGCUACAAGAUCGCUAUCAGAGACACAAAGAGGACGAUGUGGAUGGAAGUAGCCCGAGUGACCCCAGAUAUACAGAAACUGAACAUCAGGGAUUUACAGGAGAACCACAUGUACGUCAUCAGGAUCUUCGCCAGGAACGAAAUUGGACUCAGCGAUCCUUUGGAGUCUGAACCCUUGAAGAUCGUACCGGCUUCAGAAUUGACAGUAGUGGAACCAAUCGCAGAAGCCACCGAGAAGGGUGAAACCGCCUCGAUAAGCUUCAGCACCGAAAACACGAGCUCUUGGCUUCGAGAGCACAACAUGGACGCAGACAUCCACUCAUACGCGAGAGCAAGGCUUCUCAGACAAGACGAAUACUUCUUCCGCAUUUGGCACUAUGCUAAGAAACUCUUCGAAUAAGCAUUUGUACGAUUUAACGAAACAGUAACGAACAGGUUCAAGUUCGUUCUCAUCGAGGACCAUAAUCUGGAAUUUCUUUUUUUUAAAUUCAAAUCUCUUCUUCCACGAACGGUGAAACUUUCAAAUAUUUGAUCUCUGACUUGAAUACUGUUAAACAACGAGAACAAUCGUUUUAUCGUUCCUUUAGAAGCAACGCGUAGUGGCUAGAUGGUAAGAGUCGAUCGGAUGAGUGUAGAAUCUAGUCAGCAUAUAGGUUAAUAUAUUUUUUUUUUCUCUUCAACAACGGACCAAGACUUCCUCGUGCACUCUUGAAAUCGAUAGAAAGAGCUUUGCUCUGUAUCAACGUGUUUCGAUAGUUUUACUGAAAAUUUGGUUCGAAAAGAAAUUCUUCGACUUUGUGAAAGAAGCUAAGAAACCUUACAUGUAAUCUUUACGUUUUGUUUAAUUUUAAACAUCAUACUAUUCACGAUUGUUAAUUCUGUAUUGUUUCUUCUGUAAAGAUUUCUUGUAACGUUUCUUCGUUUCGUGUUCGAAUGAAAGCUCAAUUAAAUUGUCGAAGGGUUUCGUAUUUCGCGCCAAUUUUCAGCUACGUGACGUUUAAAGAAAAAUUAUUAUUGAAUUUUCGACGAGAGAAACCCCGAGACUCGGAUCGUCGAAGAAUGUGAUAAUCGGUCGUUGAUGAUCGAAUUUGCGUAAAGAAAUGAUUUAGAAAGGGCACGUGACUCCUCGCCCUUACCCCCACCCCACACCCACCUUAAUCCCUUUGUAUUUAUAUACCGCGAAAGCGUCACUCACGCGAGUUGAGUGAGUACUGUUUUUAGUAUUUAUUCGUAAUGUAUAAUGUAUUUAAUUUAAUUGUUACUCGUUACCAUUGCCGUUAUUAAUGAUAAUUAUUAAUGAUAGACGUCGGCGUAAUGGCCGGCUGUUUAUGCGACUGUUAAGCAAUGAUUAGAAAAAAAUGGAAACGAAGAAAUGCCACGCGUGGUUGGUGUCGCGAGACGUAACAAAUAUAGGUGCAAGAACAACAGCAACAUUCACCAACGACGCGUCGCAUACUUCGCGUUAUAUUGUAAGACAUUUUGCGAAUUAAAUUAUUGCAAAUUAUGUGAUGGUAUUUUUAAUUUUACCCUU